AUGGCGCCGUCCGCCUUGUUGCGCCCCUUCUCCAAGCUGCUGGCCCCGGCCAGGCUCCCGAGCGGCUUUUCAGCGCGGUCAAAGUUCUACAUUUGGGAAUCGCCACUUGGCAGACCUGACUGGCUGAAGGUUGGACUGACCUUGGGCAUCUCCGUUUUCUUGUGGAUCUAUCUCAUCAAACAGCAUAAUGAAGAUGUUUUAGAAUAUAAAAGAAGAAAUGGGUUGGAAUAAACUUUUGAAAUACCGAUGCAGUAUAUAGCAUUUAUAGCAGUUCCUCUGGAUUCACCAAUCUGUUGAGCU